GAACAGAAAAGAAAAGAAUUGAAACUUCAACAAGAAUGUCAUUCAGCAAAGUUGAUUUUCUUUUGUAAUAAAAUUUACUAUUUAGACUGGCAGAAUUUAUUUCAACGUUUUAAUAAAUAAAAAACAAUGUUUAGCAGGAAAGCAAUUCCCAUGCGAAUGGUCCUUGGGGGGAAGAAGUUAGCACUCGGCUCACCACUUAAUAAAACCUACUUGUUGCGACGAUGCCAUCAGGCUCUUCAGCAACAUCAAACUGCGCUAAGGAAUUCACCAGCAGUAUUCCAGCAGAAAUGGAACCGCAAGGUCCACGUCACACCUGUGCUGUUCGGGGAAGAAACUGUGAACGCGCCUACCUUCCCGGAUUCCGUCAGCAGCGGAGAUGUCAAGUUAAUAAAGAAGGAAGGUGACGCAUUAGCGAUGGACGAGGUUGUCAUGGAGAUCGAGACAGACAAGACUGCUUUACCCGUCAUGUGUCCCGGACACGGCACGCUCACCAAGCUACUGGUCAAACAGGGACAAAACGUCAAAUCUGGAGAACCACUGUUUAAAGUGAAUGUAACCGGCAUAGCACCUGUGAAGGCGGCAGCCCCAGCACCUGCAGCGGCUGCUCCUGCGCCGGCCGCAGCCCCGGCCGCCGCCGCCCCGGCUCCCAAGGCCCCGGCGGCUGCGCCCGCACCUUCUGCUGCCGCACCUACCACCGUCACUACCACGGUCGUAAAGGGCAGCAAAGGACCGACGGCGGCGGCUCUGAAAGUGUUGGAUCCCAGCAAGGCAAUAUCGGGGACCCGCACGGAGCACCCGGUGCCGAUGAACAAGAUGCGACUGCGCAUUGCUCAGCGACUGAAGGACGCGCAGAACACCACCGCCAUGCUCACUACCUUCAACGAAUGUGAUAUGAGCAAACUAAUGGCGUUCCGCAAGGCGAAUUUGAAGACAUUUGUCAAGAAGUACGGCGUGAAGCUCUCGUUCAUGUCUCCGUUCAUCAAAGCGGCGGCCAACGCCCUCAUCGACCAGCCAGUCAUUAAUGGAGUCAUCAUGGACAAUGAUAUCGUCUAUAGGGACUACGUCGACAUUUCUAUUGCAGUAGCAACUCCCCGUGGUCUGGUCGUGCCUAUUCUACGUAAUGUUGAUUCCAUGGACUACCCGGCCAUCGAGCUAGCCAUGAACGAACUGGCUAAUAAAGCCAAGAGCGGCAAACUGGUACCAGCAGACAUGCAGGGUGGUACGUUCACAUUGAGCAACGGAGGCGUCUUCGGGUCACUCCUGUCUAUGCCCAUCAUCAACUUGCCGCAGUCGGCCAUCUUGGGGAUGCAUGCUAUUAUACAGAGACCUGUCGCUGUAUCUGGCAAGGUUGAAAUCAGGCCGAUGAUGUACCUCGCCUUGACGUACGACCAUAGGCUGAUCGACGGCCGCGAAGCAGUGCUAUUCCUACGCAAAAUAAAGUCUGGAGUCGAAGACCCCACAUCAAUACUUGCUGGCAUUUGAUUUUACUGCAAAUUUAUUAGGUAAUUCUGUCUACACGGGUCUCUUAUUCUUUACUGAUUUUUAUUUAACGGGUUCUGCACCAUUCCUGAGCAUCCCUCCGGACCUUUGGUCGCAGUUGAGGAGCCAUUGGUCCAAGAACCCAUUAAAGCAUUUUUCUUCAAUCUUUCAAAUUGAGGAACAACCUUGCGGUAAAAGGUUCUUCCAGGCUGUUAGUAUUUCAGAUAAUGUGCUUGGCCGCGAAUUGAAAUGCUAAGAGUUAAUAAACUUUUUCGGUAUAGAACGUAAUAAAUACGAAAUCAGCCGAAUAAGGUAUUGUGAAAAUUAUGAAUUGUGAUUUUUAAUAAAUAAAUGAAUUUCUAA